GCGACUCCCAGUGCGAGCAUCAUGCGAAGGAGCUGUUAAAGGAUUUCUGUAGCAGAUUUAAAUAUUUAAUAAAAUAUAAACAUUUGGGUAUGUCCAGAAUGUUGCGUCCUUCACUUCUGAGGGGUCUUUUGACACGAAACGGCAGUGUAUAUUUUGCAACGUACGCCGCAGCCUCCGCAAAUGUGCUCAAGUCAGCUCCUGUCUGUCCUACUAAACGAAUGUAUGAAGGACCUUUGAGAUGUUUCUGUGCAUCAGUGCCUUUAAACCCUCAUGAGAGCAAGAAUAUCACCACACAUAAUUCCGAUCAUGCGCUGGAUGAAGAUGUCAGUGACGUUUUUGGUGAUAUUUCACGUAAAUUCUCCUCCAGACGAACCUUCCGCAAAACGAGCCCAGAACAGCGGGAUUUAAAAUACAAAGAUGCGGAUGAGGAUGUUGUCGUGCAAAGAUUUAAGUCCAAAACGGGCCGAAGAAACACACCAUAUUGGUAUUUCCUACAAUGCAAAAAGCUCAUUAAAGAGGAUAAACUGGCCGAGGCAUUGGUUCUGUUUGAAGGUGAUAUGCUCAAAGGAGAACGGUUACAGCCAGAGGAGUACAACUACACUGUGCUUAUCGGUGGAUGUGGACGUGUGGGCUACCUAAAGAAAGCCUUCCAACUUUACAAUAAUAUGAAGAAACAAGGACUAGAGCCGUCAGACGCUACAUAUACUGCUCUGUUCAAUGCUUGUGCAGAAUCACCAUGGAAACAGUCAGGACUGGAGCAUGCGUUGAAACUCAAGCAAGAGCUUCUCAGGAAGAACAUCCCUAUGAGUGCCAUUACCCAGCAUGCCUUGCUCAAAACAACCGCCUUUACUGGAGAUCUGAAGUCAUGCUUUCAAAUUCUGAGGGAGAUGCUUCAAAGUGGCCAACCCAUAACACAAGAGACGUUUCAGUAUCUGCUGAUAAGCUGUGUGAUGGACAAGCAGCAGGGCUUUAGACUGGCUUUACAGGUGUGGCAUCAGAUGCUUAAGAUUGGAAUAAAACCGGAUACCCAGAAUUACAACAUUCUCCUCCGGGCUGCACGGGAUUGUGGGAUAGGUAAUCCAGAACUGGCUUCGGGGUUACUCCUAAAGCGUACAGAAGAGGUGAACCCGAAACUCACAAGUGGAAGGAAAAGCCGUAGGACUAAAGCCAAAGAAGAGACAUUGUGUCCUAAGGUCAUAAACAUUGAUGCACUUGAGAAUGAGCUAUUCGUCGACUCACAUGCUCGUGAUGCUGUCAUCCUAAACACACAUUCAGCGCCCCAAGGAAAAGCCAAAGACAAUGAUUCUCAAAAUGAAAACGAUCAACGUAAAUCUCAAGGUGAGGUUCAGAUGUCGCCUUCAUCACCGCAGGCUGAACGGAAUCUGUUAACCGACUCUCUGAGCUGUCUAUCGCACUUAUCACCACAAAGUCCCCGCCGCCCAAACCUGCUGGACCCUAGCACUUGCCAUUCAGACGUAGUUGCCUUGGGGCCUGUGAAAAGCGCUUCUGACAGGCUUGCUUUGAUUGGAAACCUUGAUGGGUUUCUGGAGAAGAUGGCCAGUGAUGGAUUGGAGCCCAGCAUCAAAACCAUCACCCUAUUGGCUGAUGUCAUGGAAGCAGGCAGCCAGUCAGUGCAGAGUCUAAUUGACGUGGCUAAAAAGAGUGGCAUCAGGCUGGAUGUGCCAUUUUUUAACACUUUGGUCAGAAGAGUGGCCAAAACUGGAGACUUGGAUGGGGCUAAGGCUGUUAAAACCCUCAUGGUGAAUAGAGGGCUUGCUGUUAAUACACAGACAUUUUGUGGUAUUGCACUAGCCUGCCAGAGACAAAAAGACGGACUGCAGCUGCUGUCUGAUGUUGAGAGGUGUGGCCUUGUGCCAAACGCUCAUGUAUUCAGUGCUCUGAUUGGCCAGGCGACUAAACGUUUGGACUAUGCUUAUCUGCACGAGCUUCUUCUUUGUAUGCACAAACUGCAGGUGCAACCCAAUGAGGUCAUCAUCAGACAGCUGGAAUAUGCAGCCCAGUAUCCUCCAUCAUAUGACAAGUUAAAGUCACGGAACAUAUACAUGGAAAAGAUCGAUGGUUUCCGUGGGUUUUACAAGGAAUGGCUGGAGUUCAUGCCUGGACAGGAAACACCGCACCCCUGGGAAAAAUACAGAUCGUCAAAACAAAACACGCAGCAAGAGGAAGUCACAAAACAAGUUCCUGAAUAAAUCCAAUUUCAAAAUUGUGGGUUGUAAUAGGAACAUCGAUAUUUCUAAGUAUAUAUCUAGAUCUGAAUGUGGCACUGUAAUAGUAUUGUAAUAGUUGCACAUUUCUUUUAUAUAAAAAUUGCUGCUGUUUGAUGUGUGGAAAUAUUUAAAAAAAUAAAACAACAAAAUAACUCGCAAACAUGGAAGUUUUGUUAUAACUGAAUGAACUGCCUCUACUCCUACAAUUUAAGAAGAUGCAAGGCAGCUAAUUUU